AUGCGCCUUCGCCCAAUCUUUGCCGAAGCCACUAAACUGUGGCCCCAGUACGCUUACACAACUGGCAGAAGCAUCGACCAUGCGAUCAUACGUGCCUUGCAUCACUGCUCCCAGGUCCAACAAAUCCUGGCGUCGCAACGUCUUACACUACGAGAACGUCGUCACACUGGCCGGAAGCCCACCUCUUGUCAAGGGGGAGUAACGCUCUCUAUUGAUACGAGCAAAGCGUUUGACACUGUCAACAGACAGGUUCUCGAGCAAGAGCUGCGGGCGGCCCGUGUACCGGAGCCGGAGCUGGCAGUUAUCCUCAAUCUCCACCACUGCAUUGGCUACUGGCCUGCAGGCCAGGACCCCACAACUCGCGUGGCGAGUGAAAGGGGUGUUACCUCCGUCACAUGGCUGCAAGAGGACACCACGAUGUUCGCGGACGAUCUACUACUCCAGUGGAUCGUCCACCGAGUUCAGGAUUUGGAGAAUAUGGUGGACAUCAUCGCCCACACCUUUCGGAUCCUAGCUCAGCUUGGCCUUCAGGUUCAGCAUCGGAAAACACAACUCAUUGUGGCAUAUAAAGGCAGGCAGGCCACACAAUGGUGGCGAGCCCACACGGCCACCACUGCGGAGGGCCGCUUCCUGCUUAUACCCCAACCUGGCAGCAAGGCACUCCGCCUGCCCAUUGUGACUAAGCUGACGUACCUAGGCAUUAUCCUCUCCUAUGUAGAUGCCACCACUGCCACUGUUGACCACCGUCUGCAGGUAGCCGAAGCGCAGCGAGCUCGCCUUCUCAAGGAAUCUAGCAGAGCGCUGCUCGAGCGCCUGAACGUAGAGGACCCCUUACUUUCCUUGCUGCAAAGGCCUCGGAUCAUGCACUGGUUGGUUCAUAUCACUGAAUCCAAACUGGCGCUGACCUCACCUGGAGGCAAAGGCCCUCCGCCGAAUCGGAGCAGCGGAACGCGCCAACAGCAGCAACCGUUGACGGGACGCGGCCGCCAUGCGGCCCCCUUUCAGGGGAGCCGGGGCAGCGACGUCCCAGACAAUCGCAAUGGACCCUCCAAGAUGCCUUCGGGAGAUCAUGCUCUGCUGCAUCGAGUCGCAAAGGCCCUCAUCGUCCAAGCGGACUAUCUGUCGCGCCUUCAGAGCGAUCACACUGUCAUCUUCACAUUUCGAACAGGCAACGGCCCACAGCUGAUGGUGCCGCUUCUCCAGGAGGUGGCGACAACUUGGCGCGAACAACGACAGCAGAACAAGAUCAAUGCCUUCGCAACCGACACCGAAUCCCAGAAGAGGGCCCAGGAACUAGGAUGGAUCACGUCGGAGGGGGAGUUCAACUUCUUGGACUGGGACUUCGAGGACAAGAAGCUCGUCCCCCGGCAGGAGGUGACGCUUACUCACGAUCAAAUCCUCACCGAUGCCAAGAGACUCAAAGCCCUGCUGAAGAAUCCAGACCUAGUCUUGAAGUUCAGCGGAGGCCGCAACGCCAAGCCCGACUCGACAUCCGAGACAGCGACAUUUGUGUUGGAGCUGUCCAUGCAGCAACCCGAAGCAUCGGAGGCGAUGGCGAUCUUCCGGAAAUGGUAUGCCAACUCAGCGCUCCUGCUCCUCUCUCUCCGGCUCAAACCGGCCCGCCCAGAGCGGUCGCCGUUGAUCAAGGAGAUCCAGGAGGCCUCUCUUGAGCGAUCACUGCAAGAUUUGUUGAGUGCUCCUGUCCCUACACCUGGAGAGCGGAUCACCAUCCCUGACCUUCCCGGGUGGCACUCUUCUCUCAGAGGCUGGACGAACCUGCAUCGCCAGCAAGAUUGUCUUGAGCUCAUACAUCACUUAUUUGACCAACACUGCCCAGCACACAUGCGAUGUCAAUGGGAGGCACGACCGAUACCAGGCACUGUUGCGGCACGCAGACCCCUUAUCAGUGGUCUAUUCAACAUUGACCUCCCUCUCCCUAAGAAAACCUCCAGUGCCACCAUCCAAGAAUGCAUUAUCAGCUGGCACGAACAGAAGAUUCCCCACGGCCUUCUCCACGCACCGCCCUACCUGCUCACCAGCCUUGCCCGAUAUGCCAACCCCACCAAGGGGAAAAACAAGACGCGUAUCCCCUGUAAGGCCAUGCAGCGAGUCAGUUUCCCUGUCUUUCGAGGUCCUGGACAUGAGAUCCAAUGGGCCACCUACGAGCUGGUGGCGGGGAUUUUACACCUGGGGCCCUCGCCCCAGCAAGGCCACUAUCGUGCAUUUCUUGCGCAUCCACGUGAUGCCCAAAACUUUGCAUCCCAGUGCAUCGGGGAUUUCGGCCCCCUCGGGGAGACCGUCGGCCCCUUCGGGGAGCCUGACCUACACCUGGUGGUGUACAGAAGAUGGUCAAUCGCCCGAGCUGUGUCAUCCAACAUAUGCUCGGAUCCUGAGUGA